AUGGCAACUUCAUCUGUCAAGGCAGAGCAAUGCUUUCUGCCCAAUUCCAAGGAAGAGGAGGAAUAUGUGGAGGAAACUUAUAAAAGAUACAAAGAACUCAUAAUCCCAACUCUUCCAUUGGAAAAGGAAUGGAUGAGUGAGAAUCUAUACAUGCUCCAAGGCUCUUGGUACGGCCCCGGACGACCCCCAUCAUGGGACCCGGAGAUACUUCCCUCGCCUCGCCUGCUGUCCACUCAUGUUCCCUACAACACGAUGCCCGAGUUAGCCAAGGGUCCCAAACGUUGCCGCACCGUGCACAUGUGGAGGGACCCUAAGGACGUGGUUGUUUCCUUCUGGUACUAUGCAAGCAUCAAGAAAAGAAGGUACUGGAAAGCAAGUCUGGAGUACCCUAACAAUGUAUUGUUCCUGAAAUAUGAAGACACGAAAAUGGAUAAGGUAUGGCAUGUGAAGAGGUUGGCCAAGUUCUUAGGGCAGCCGUUCACCUCCGAGGAAGAGGAGAAGGGCACCGUGCUUGAGAUUAUGGAGCUUUGUAACAUUGGGGAGCUACCGGGAGUACUUCCGAAAAGGUGA